CUUUGCGCGUGCUCGCGGAGAGCAUCCCAAAUCAAUAUACGCAACUUAGUUGUGGUUAAGGUACAACUUAUAACAAACAAAAUAUAUGUGAAUUUGUUCGAAAUUAUUGUUCUUACUCAAUGGAUAAAAGUUUGACAUGCUGACGUGCUACAUAAGGCAGCCAAGUAAGUCCAGGUUCUGAGAGUUGGCUCGAAAUUCAAAUGAAUAUGGUUCAUUGAAAAAGCCUGUUACGUCUCGAAGAAAGGAUCGUUAGAAGAAACUCGGAAAACUGUUUUACAAGCGGUUGCUGAGAACUGUGAGAUAUAAAUUAGGCAAAUUGAGAAAAAUUAAUGAGUAUCCAAAUCCACAGCAGUUGUUGCAACAUGAUCUAGAAGACUGCCUGUAUAAUUUACCUACCACAUGUUAAUUUCUGUUGGUUUCAACAAGACGGUGCUCCUGCACGUAACUCUAGACAGAUCCACCUGAGAGCUGUGAGUGCAGCAUUGUGAUUUCCAUCCUGUGAGCUUUGGAUCUCUACCAGAACGCUGUGCAAGGUGUUUCCGAGUCCGGGCAUAGCCCGCAGCGUGUGGGCCCUGCCCGCUGGCGCUCAGGCAUCCUGCUGCGCCGAGAUGGUGGCCGCAGAUCACCCUGCAGACGCAGAGUCGAAAGCGGAUUCGGCAGCACCACAAGAUCAGGCUCAGGCACUUGCCGAAAGGGAAGAUCCUCGACGACAUAUUUUCGAACUGGUGAAAGCAGGCGAUUUAUCGGAUGUAGCUGAUCACGUAGAACAACAUGGCGUCGAGGUCCUACGAGCUCGCGAUGAAUGGGGCUACACUCCAGCCCACUGGGCAGCAUUGGACGGAAAUGUCGAAAUCAUGCGCUUCAUCAUCGAUCGUGGUGUGCCCAUUGAUUUACCCUGUCUCGGAACUCAAGGACCUAGACCCAUACACUGGGCAUGUAGGAAAGGUCACACGGCGUUAGUGCAAGUGCUACUUGGAGCUGGAGUAGCUGUUAACACAGCGGAUUUCAAAGGACUAACGCCUUUGAUGACAGCCUGCAUGUUUGGAAGAACCGGGGCCGCAGCAUUUUUGCUUGGAAUGGGCGCCGCAAAUGAUCUGGCUGAUGUAAAUGGGGAUACGGCACUGCACUGGGCGGCAUACAAGGGUCAUGCUGACCUAAUCCGACUAUUGUUGUACAGCGGUGCUAAUCUCCAACGGCCUGACCAUUUCGGUUCUACGCCUCUACAUUUAGCCUGCUUAUCGGGAAACUUGGCAUGCGUCAAGUUGCUAUGCGAAAAGAGUAAUAUUGACCUCGACCCACUGGACAAGAAUGAUAAGACACCGCUGAUGCUUGCUCAAAGCCACAGACAUAACGACAUUGUAGAAUUGCUACAAACAGAGAAGAAACGUCGAUCCAGCUGGUUUCCACCCCUAACCGAAGUAUGGGGCUUGCUGUUCGGAAAGGCUGGAAACUCAAAGGCUCCUCUAAUAUUUUUCAUGAGCUCUGUCUUGUUAUGGGGCUAUCCUAUGUAUAUAGUCAGGUGUAUUCCUAUAACGUGGAAUAUUCUAAGAGGAUCCCACUAUUGUUUUAUAUACUGGAAUAUUGUAAUGUGGGUUUGUUGGGUCGUAGCAAAUAGGAAGAAUCCAGGGUAUAUUCCUAUGAAUACUGAGUCAUACCAUAGGUCUAUUAAACAAAUUCCAAUGUUUGAUAAGUGGAAAAAGAGAAAUUACAUACUCAAUCGCUUAUGUCACACUUGUAGAUGCCUUAGGCCGCUCAGAGCAAAACAUUGUAGAAUAUGCAAACGUUGCGUCUCAUACUUCGACCAUCACUGUCCCUUCAUAUACAAUUGCGUAGGACUGAGGAACCGAACUUGGUUUUUCCUUUUUGUGAUGAGCAUUGCUGUGAACUGUUCCUUCACUAUCUAUUUUGCCAUGUACUGCAUUGCCAUCGAAGGUUUUGGCAUUCUAUACGUCCUUGGUCUUUUAGAGGCCUUCGUCUUCUCGGGGCUAGGGUGGAUACUCACAUGCACCUCGAUUCUCCAUGCAUGUAUGAAUCUGACCACCAACGAAAUGUUCAACUACAAGCGAUAUCCAUAUCUUCGAGAUAAGAGAGGAAAAUACGCGAAUCCUUUCUCGAGAGGGCCUGUAUUGAACUUGAUUGAAUUCUUCUUCUGCAGUCCUGAAGAUUACGACGACGACUUUACCUAUGACAUAUGAUGCCAAAAGAUAACAAGCAUCGACACAAGGAUUCAAAAAUAGCUUUUAGCUUCGUGUUUGUUAUGGAAAACUGCAUAUGGUGCAAUAAAUGUCUGUUAUGCA